ACAGAACAUCUCUGGUCAAAGAUGCAACCGCAGGGAACAGUCAUUUGUUGAGCGGCGUGUUGUGCAGACGCUUAGGCUGUUUAUUUGUGUCAGCUGUGAUUUACUUGUUACAUGACGCGCUAAGUAAAAGUGAUAGGACAGCCAUGGCAACAUUUCCAGAAAAACGGAAAGAUGAAGUUUCUCCAUGCGAAAAUGAUUUCGGAACUUUUAAUCCGGAAUUUGCUACAGAAUUAUCCAACAAAUUGGAACACAUAUCACCAAGAAACGAAGAAGUUUCUACGAUUGAUAUGUAUGAUGAUCGGCUGCACGAGAUGACAGCUUCGUAUUCAGAAAUAUCAUUCGAUUCGCUAACGUCACCUCCAGAUGCUUCAAUUUUUGAAAAUCGCUCGUUUGGUGGGUCUCCGUGCUCAGACGAAAUGGCUUGCAAGAAGAAGAGUGACUCGGAGGGUGCAAGGUUUGAGCCGCAGGACAGCGAUAAUAAACGACCUGACAAGCUGGAGCUACAGAGGUGUGCUGAAAGUUCCGCGUUGCAGAAAAAGAAUGUACAGUCUAUUCAUAAGACAUUGCAGGAUUUGCAUUUGGAGGGCACUGUUACUACGGAAGGUGAUAUGGUGUUAUUCGUUGCAGAAGACCUGGAAACCAAAAUAAAGCUCUCAAGUCCUAUUACAAAGAAAGGUGAUACGCCUCCGUUUCCUGGAUCGCGGAUUUCAACUCCUUGUCUUUAUAGACAAGCAUUAAUGCCACAGCUUCCUUCUGUUGAUCCCAAUGUUCUAAAUGAUUUGGAGCAGGAAGUGAGGAGGUUAGCUACAUCUGUCGAUACCCUAACAGAAAACCUAGCAGGGAUUUUGCACAGUGUAUCAGCUAUUACAGUUGAGUGUCUGGAAACAUACAGGGAUGCCGUUUGCAAAACAUGUGAUGCUGUUGACUCAAAUAUUAAGUUGAUGUACCAGCUCAUGGCUAAAUGUGAAGAGCUGAGCAAGUUCAUGACACGAAUAUACAAACUUUCUGAACAACUAAAGGCGAUCAAGAAACUACUUGAUUUAUUUGAGAAUGCCGUCAGUACAUAAUGAUAUGGCACAGAAAAUUGUCACCAAGUAUUUAAAAGAUUUUUCAAUAUGGCUUGAUUUCUGUGGAAACAUAUGCCAGCUAAUAGUGAGUGUAUGAAUCAAGAAAUAUUCAUAUAAAGCUGGAACUACUUUAGGAUGUGUACAAAAUUUUUUAUUAGCUUAUGUCAUCCAGUUCAAUGUUUCACCAAAGCUAUUUUGUCUUUGUUUACACAUAAUAGUAAUUGGAGAACCUCUGUCACUGUACUGAGAGAAAAUUAUGCAGCACUUUGUUUAAACAGUCUGUGAUAAAUAAUUUUAUGAAAUACAUGGAAUUUGAGCUCUGUUAUUUAUCUGUUGGUGUUUUAAAACUUUAUUAAGUUAAUUUAAAUUCUAAAUAAGCACAUGAAACUGUAGUGUGAUGUAUGAAUUAUACAUUU